UUACAUUAUGGUAUCAAGUUGUGUGCGUUAAAUACAUCAGCUGAGAGCAGACAUAUACUGCGGGGGUAGAUCAACAGAGUGGAGUACAAGUGUAGCGCGCAUGGAAGUGAGACGCCAAACUUGGCUGCUGCUGUUGUUGUUUAUAUCUACCCGUGCAAUAAUAUGGGUAUGAGGAAAAAAAGCAACGGUUUCGGUUAUUCGUUGUUCGUCUUACUGGUGACGAUACUGUUGCUGUCAAAAAAUGGGGCCGAGUCGUAUCGAGCCGUCGCUAUCAUCCACGGCGUCCUCACUGGCAAGGACAGCAUGGAGAUCAUCUCUAGGCGUAUCCAAGAGUUGCACCCAGGAACUCAGGUCUACAACACCGAGAGGUACGCCGGCUGGAGCAGCCUCGAGCCCAUGUGGAACCAGGUGGAAGAAAUAGGAAAUGACAUUUUGGCGAUCGGCGCGGCUUACCCCGAGGGCAUUCACCUCGUCGGAUACAGCCAGGGAGGACUCCUGGCCAGGGCCAUACUGCAACGGUUUCCUCAACACAACGUGAAAACCUUUGUUUCCCUGAGCGCACCUCAAGCCGGACAGUACGGAACUCGCUUUUUGCAUCUGAUAUUUCCGGACUUGGUGUGCGAUACGGCUUACGAGCUGUUUUACUCGAGGGUCGGGCAGCACACGAGCGUUGGCAAUUACUGGAACGACCCCUACCACCGGGAUUUGUAUUACCAGUACAGCAGAUUUUUGCCGUUCAUCAACAAUGAGAAGUUGACGUCCAACACGACGUUGUACAAGAAGGGGCUGACGAGGCUUGAAAAAAUGGUGCUCAUCGGUGGUCCGGACGACGGGGUCAUUACACCCUGGCAGAGCAGUCAAUUCGGCUACUUCAACAGUAACGGCAGUGUGGUCGAGCUGCGCGACAGAGACGAGUACAAGAGAGAUUUGAUUGGUCUGAAAACACUCGACGAGCGAAAAAAACUGGUGACGCACACUGUGCUGGGAAUGUCGCACUUUGAUUGGCACAGCAACUUGACGGUCAUAGACAACUACAUCCUACCGCAUCUUGAUUAAUCAUAAUCAUUUGGCAUAUAACCGUUGCACAAAUAUUUUGCCAAUUGUUAUCAUCAGUUUCGCGAGUGAAAUCCAUCGGAUGCAUCAUGUGAUAUUUACAUUAAAGACUAUUCUGCCAUAUUCAUAUACGUUACGAUUAUCGUGUGUCAGAGCCUUAUACCGUACGACACUCGUAAUUAACUGUAAAAUAAUCAUAGCCAAUUUUAUAAAACAGUGAUGUAUUUAUUAAACGACUCAUAUAUGCGUAACGAACAAGUAUAGGCGCACAAAUCAUCGUAAACGCGAAUCUCGCUUAUUUUGUGUAAUAUUUACGAAGUGAAUUUUUAUUGACAGUAACAUGAUAUUAUUUAUGUCAGUAGUAAAAAUCGCAAGUCUUGCUGUUCUGUACAUACGUUGUUUACCUUUGAAACAAAAAAACACUUCCAAA